GACAGAACUGCGCUCGCGGCCGCUGCCUCCACGCUGCCCGGCCGCCGCGGUGGGAUCCUGCGGGGCGGGAGCGGUGUAGGGCCGGUUCGUUUCUACCGUGCGGGGAGAGGAAGAAGAGGAGGAGGAGGAGGAGGAGGGGCCGCCGGCGCGGAGCUGCCCGACGUGAUGGCUGCCACUCUGGAGCACAGAGGCUCUGAGGAGCAGCCUCCUAACAAGAAGGAAACUAUGACCUGGAAACCCAGAGAUGUUAAGCCUAAAAUAUUAGGGCAAACUAAAGCAGAUGAACAUUUGCUGAAGAAUGCCCUGUGUGUUCUUGAUAGUGACUCUGAAGGAAGUGAAUUCUCCGAUGUCUCUGCAUGUGAAGAUGCUGUCAGUCUGCAUACAAACACUGACGUGGAGGACUUGUGUGGUGAACUCUCUCGUAUGUCUGAGGAUGCAACUUUCCCUCAGCAGCCAGCUGCUUUGACAUAUGAGAUGGAGGACUGGGAUAAAGAGUUGGAGGAGUCUGAAUGUAGUCCUUAUGAUGCUGGUGAUCUCUACUGCGGAAGCUUUCAGGAAAAUAAUCUUUUGGCCUCAUACUCAUUUCGAGAGGAUUCACUGUACAACCCGUGCUGUCACCAUGCAGCUUGCCUUGCUUUUCCCCUGCCAGUUAGAAUGACUGAGGUUGGCCAGUUUGAUGAUGCUGAUGAAUGAGGUCAGAACUAAGUUUGGUUUCUGAGUUGGAUUAUUCUUCACUGAGUUGCAGGUGCCAGCUGUAAGCUGCUAGCGCACUUGUGGACUGUUUUCUGUUUGUGUUACAUAGAACUGUGUUGCUAAUUCAUUGUUUGGGAGGAAGUAUGUAAUUCCUAAUCUUACCUUGAUUGCAAAGUGUUGCCAGUUUUGGCAUGUUUGGUACUUUCAUGUCUGGACACUUAACCUGUAAUUUUCUUUCAUUUGUUAUGGAAUCGAUCUUAAAAACUCUUCCUCCUUCCAACUUCUCUGUUGUACUUCUGUGUUGCAGUUUGCAUCUCCACGUUAGUCAUGACAAAAUUAGAUGUGACAGUACAAAAUAAGUUCUUCUGGUUUGACAUGUUUCAAUACAAAGGAAUUUGCAAAACGUCUUCAUGUAUGUAACACACCUGUAGGCAUAUAUUUGGGAUUUUGUUUCCUACAGAGAUGCUGGGUGUUUGUCAGCCUCCCAGGAAAGGUUUCUGCACAUCAGACCUUGUGCUCAGGUGUAUUAUCUUCCAGUCUCCAGUAGUCUGAUGUUGUGUGAGGAUGUUUUAAAGACAUGUAAUGACAAAGAAAAUAUGCUUAUCUGAUCCUCAGUGCAUCCUGCAAACAGCAGUGAAUUGAGAUUCAUGGUAUUACUGAUACUUGUUAUUUCUGUGUUGAUAAAUGAGGAAAUGAGAACACAAAAUACUUCCAUAAACUUUCCAAGAGAAUAGCUGGAACUGGAACUGUAUUCUUUUUGCCUGUGCUUUGGAAUUAAAGGAAAUGUUCUCAAAUGAAGAAUGGAAGUGGAUUGUAUGACUGACUUCUUACAAAAACAGUCUCUUGUUGCUCAUAUUUCUUCUCAAGAACGUUUUGAUGACUUUUUUGACACAUGCUGAAGCACUGUACCCUUGUUUAUUCUCAGGCAAGGACUUAACACAAUUGGAAGACUUUUUUUUAACCUAUCCGGUGUGUGAGACUAACUUAUGUAUUAGCAUGGGAGGAGGAAAUGAGCUGGAGUAACAUUUGUUUAAUGUUUUCUUUGAGAGCAGAGGAAAACAAGAGCUCAGAUGAGUCUGUUUUUUUUUUUCUGUUACAUGGGAGUCCCCAGUUAAAUCUGAGUAUGAGGUGAAGAAGCAAAGCAAAGAGCAGAAGCUGGCUGGUGAUUCUGUGGCUGAGGGCCUGUUCUUUUGUUCCAAUAUGAUGGAGUCCUCCAAAAGGUCAUAUUUCUGCCAAGACUUAAUUCAGCAUGCCUCCAGAACGCAUACGUACACAGAAGCAUAGCCUGACAAUUUGUUCUUGCCUUGAGCAGAAAGAAAGCCCUAGCUGUGCUGUGGCACUGGGGGUAUUUUUCUUUUGUGGGCUGCUGUGUGAUCAGCUGCUUGUUGAGAGGAGUUCUGCAUUAGUUGGAACAAAUGCUUGCCUAGGCUUGGAUACGUAGUGAGUUUUUCUAACCUGAACAAGAAGAAUAAAACUCUAAGUGUGGCUGACUCAUUCAAUUCAAUACUAAUAAAUAUGAGUCAAGCACAGAUUAGUAAGGUAAGUAUAUACCAGUAAAUUGUGAAAGUUCAUUUUGUUAUCCUUUUUGUCAGUUUCCCAGGCCUCAGCUGCAGAUGUUAAUGCCACCCUGCAGAGGGCAGCAACAAAUGGUUUAUUCUGUUCAGUGCUUUUAUCUGGUAUGAAGUUUCACCAGCAAGUGUCAGAUCCUUAGGCUGGAUUUCUAAGCCCCGUUAUCCCGUUAAUCAGUGAGACUGAUUAAUGGCCCUAAUUAGCUUCUCAUUUUCUGUUUUGCUCUGAAGUUAUACUUAGUAGAUGGAAAAUUUCUCCCAUGGGUGAGAAAACAACCUCACUUGACUGGCUUUGUAUUUACUAUGCUUGUGAAUCCCAUCAGAAUUAAUCAAGAUGAGGCCAACAGAAUUCUGUGGAAGCAAAGCCACCUUUCUCAGAGUAGGCUUGAAGGAGAUCACCAAGAAGUUGUUAUUAACAUAGAUUCGGUUGGUUUUAAUUCCUGUAUGAUUCUAAAAUUUUACCUUUAAUUGGAGUCAGCCUCAUCCUUCUGGACUGUCAUUAUUUGAGAAGAAAUUAGUUGUCCUGAAUGGCUGCCCUGCUAAGCUGUGUUUUA